AGGUGUCACUGUGUACCGAAUAGUUCCAUAUAAUGAAUCAUCCACUAAAAUCUCUGCCCUUUUUACUGGUACCCAGGCCUCAAGAUCGAGUUAUUCGUACAAUAAAAGUAGCGUGUAUCUAUUAUAUCAAUCAACUAAAAACGAGGCCAUCUCCUCGAUGCCAAAUACUUCAUCAGAUAUAAAGUUGACCAAAACCACACGUGUUACAUCGGGAAAAGGUGUCACAGCGUGUCCUAGUAUCACAACUCUCUUAUCCACAUCUGUACAUGUGAGCCCGAAAGGAAUCUCCGCGAAUCUGAUAACUUCUCCUGACAAGAUUACCAUCACUACCUGCAUUUCUCAAAAUCUUCAUGCUACAGAGGUGACAUCAUAUUUUGUUCAGAGUGGUACAGGAUCAGCUUCAUUUUUAGUUCAACCAAGUACAUCAGCGAAAAAGGUAACCACUCUACAACCUUCGACAGCUCUUCUGAAUGUCAAAGCCUCGACUCCUCAACCAUUGAGCAAUACUGUAGGAAGGACAUCCUCCUUUUCCCCCACUGCUGUCAAGAAAUCUCCUCCUGUUAACAGCGAACACUCUAAACAAGUCACAACCACCCACAGGUACCAUAAGACACCAAUCACAACACGUCCUGGAAUGUCGUCAUCCGUUGAAACCUCCGGAAAAAGGCUCGAUACUCUAAACACUGGCAGUGUGACCGAGAAAAGCCUAAGUACUAUAAACACUGGCAGUGUCACCGAGAAAAACCCUUAUACUAUAAACACUGGCAGUGUCACCGAAGAAAGCCUUAGUACUAUAAACACUGGCAGUGUCACCGAAAAAAACUUUAAUACUAUAAACACUAGCAGUGUCACCGAAAAAAGCCUAAGUACUAUAAACACCGGCAAUGUCACCGAAGAAAGCCUCAAUACUGCAAACACUGAAAGUCAGAACACACAGCAAGUUGGUAUCUCGGGAUCUGCUUCGCCUGACAUAAUCUCAACCAAUACUUUAGAGUUUACCUCAAACACUUCUCAUCAAUCUAGUACUAUUUCAUUCCCGAAAGCCACAUCAAUAUCACCGAGUAAGAUGCUCACCACAACAUCAUUGGUUGCUCACAGCUUUCCAAAGUCUCGUACGUUGAAACCAAUAACCUUCACUUCUUUCCUCUUCAAAAGUUCGCGUAAAUUGUCUAAAUCAGCCACACAAACAUCGUCAAAAUAUGUUUCAGUGACUGAAAGCAACACAACGAUUCUUCCUCGUUAUCUCACAACAGCUGCGUCUAUUUCAACAACAGAUAAAACAUUAACUUCAACUAAAAGACCAUCAUUGGGAAGCAAAACCACGCAGAUUGAGAAGUCCAAGAUUUCUACUUUGAAUUCAACAAAUAUCGGUGAAGCUUCAGUGUUACAUACGUCUUCUACGCCGUAUAUGAUAAAUGAAUCAUGUGAAUCACCAGAAGCGACAUUUAGCAAAGCCACUGUACUCUCCUUACAACAGUCAUCAUCUCCAAGCACUGAUGGGCAAAUUAUGUCCAAUAACACAUCACAUGCUGGUUAUUCAAGCAUCCUUACUUCAAUCGUAACCUCAAGCCGUAAAUUGCCCUCAACGCCAAUUCAAUCAACACAAACUUUGACUCGUUAUUUACAAUUCUCUACACAAGCGAUGACAACGAGGCUUGUUACAAUCCCAACCGCCACGCCUCUGGGUACACCACAGCUAACGACCACUGAAAAAUACUCUUCAAAACAAAGCAGUAAAAGCAUAUCAACUGUGCAACAAAAGAGGGCAUCGACUCGUCAAAACGUGCCACUUACUAAAACUUCGGUAUAUCCCUCUCCCUCCUCCAUGCUCGUGUCUGCAUUUAACAGGAGUACAUUGAUCCAAAAACCGUCAAUGAGCCACCGACCGUCAUCAUCAUUAUUUCUGCCAAAAGAUAGUACAACUCAAACCGUUGUGAUUACAAGCCAGAUAACAGCUGUUGAUAAGAUCACAUCAUCAUCGUAUUUGGCCUCGACUAGUAUCUCAAAAGUUUCACAAAAGCAAAGUGUGCCUUUGUCUGCCACGUACAGUUCUAAACAUGGGGGUUCUGCAUCGUUCAUACACGAACCCUCGAAGAGGACUAGACUGGCGUUGACGUCAGUAACUACUUUAAAGCUUGAAUUAUCAGAAAUGAAUUCUGAGGUUUCUCGAUUUUCUGCAACGAGUCUCCACCCCAUUGAAUCCACUAAAUCGCUUGAAUCAGUAAUUUCAUUGAUAUUUCCUGGUCACUCAAGUUUGACAUUCUCUCCUAAAACGACCGUGCUUACGUUAGAAAACACCCGGACUCAAGCUUCUUCAGAAACUCAAACAGCUCUAAAAGUUACCACAAAGAGUUCACAAAUCUUUAUUAAUACAACAACAGUUGGAGCUGCAAUACCUGUAUUAGUGUCUUCAUCCAGUGCCUCGACACAAACGAAACCACCACCCGAGAUUCCAAGUCAGUUCGAAGGUCGGAUGAUUCUAGGAAUGCCAUGGCAACCACACUACGAGUAUCCACCGGGAUCCCAAACACUUAAAACUACAAUAAAAGAUAAACUGACCAACGCGCUGAAAGAUCUUGAAGGUUUUAUUUCAGUUCAAGUUCUGCGUUUGUGGGAGAGCAGCGUUGGCGUCGAUUUUAUUGUGUAUGUAAAUAAGCAAGCCACGGUGAACGAAAGUCUCAUAGAAAGAACACUCGUUAAGGCAAAUAGUACAGGUGUUUUAGACCUGCCCUUGAAAAGCCUCCAAGUGAAAGAAAAGGACGCUCCAACCACACAGAACUUACCCACAACCAGCCCUACAACACAGGAAAAGUCCAUCGAGCGAUGGGUCAUCAUAAUCAUCAUUGCCAGCAUUGUGGUAUUCUUGCUGUUGAUUAUAAUAUGCAUAUUAGUGGCUAAAAUUAGUAAACAACGAGGUGGUGUGCGUAGAAGUGAAAAAUACGAGCUUUCAAGCUUCAACAACUUCUGGUAUUCUGAACAAACAGAGUCAGAGACAAAACCUGUGGUACUGAAGAUGCAAGAACGAAAAAGAACUAUCCAAGGCAGUCAAAUUAACCACGGGUACAGGAAUUCUCGCGAGGACCUGACAGCAAGCAAAGCUGUACAAGUACAAUCAAUUAAAACUAAACAAAUCUCUGGAGACCCAGAGGCAUUGCAGUCCUUCGCUAAUGGAAGUAAUGAUGGUGGCAGUGAAGUAACAGGAAACUCACGUGCGAAGGAAGACCAAGUAAGUAUCUGUGUACAUCAUUUGUGAUUGAAAGGCAAUCAUCAUCAUUGGGGAUAAAAAUGCCUUUCAAAGACCCUUUCCAAUUUCUUUAACGAAUUUCGUAUAGUAAGAAACUUUAACCAUCAACGCCUACCUUCAUGCGCGAAACAAGAUGCACAAUGCAACACGACAGAAUCACAUAAAGAAGCUAAAAACGUGGUACACUCGCGCCCUGAAUCAAAGGUAGAAGGUAGCAUAUGGAGUGAGUUACCAACAAUCUGUUACCAAGCAAAAGUUUCAUUUGGAUUUCAAUUCCAAUUCCUCUUUUGCCU